UUCCCCUAUUCCAAAAUUGUGCAUAUAAUAUUUCUAUACGUACAUACAUAUGUACAUACUACAUAAGUCAUAGUUUCCUCACUUUUCUAUUUGCCAUCUUAUUUGCUCUAAACCGAGUUCCAAUACUAUCAUUGCUGCCGCCUUUGAAGAUAUCGAGCUGCGAAAAGCAUUGCAUAUGCAGGCAUCUGGGCGGCAUGUUGCAAGUGAAACGGUGCAUUAGGUGCUUGCUAUGUUACCACACGACUUUCUUUCGGUUCCUUCACAGUUGCGCUCUCGUUUUUGUAGUACUAUAUAGUUUUCACAUUACUGAAUGAAUAUAGAAGUGUAGUGGAUGCUACAGUAAAUUGUUCAUUGUGGACUCUUCUGGUACAUCACCAGACAUUGUUGCAUUGUAGAAAUGUGUAGAUACUAGGCGAUGGGAAAUAUGCAAGCAAUACGCAAAGUGAGCAUGAGAAUGUGCAAGUGAAAAUAUCAGAUAUGGUUAAAAUGCACUUCAUUUGUAUUUUUCCAAUGUUGGUUUUUUUUACUCUGUAGUUGUUCUAUCAAUAUAUUGCACGGCAUCUGCUAAUAAUAACAGUGAAUUGGUAAAAAUCGAAAAGACAUAAAGCAGUUUUAAUAAGUAAAACUUCACUUGGGAUAAGUUGCCUCGAAAUAUAGUUCUACACUAUACCUUGAAAGAAUAAAAAAAAAAAGAAGAAAAUAUGUGAUAGAAAAGUGAAAGUAUAGUACGUAAAUAUGUAAAAGAAAAUAUUUGACUUAAAUGUAACAGGCAUAUUUUAUGGCCCGCAUCGAAUACUACACAAAUGACACGCCUCGAUUGGCUAUGCAGUUUUCGGUUGUGUGUUUUUUUUUUAGUAUAUUGGUUAAAGUGUUUAUUACAGUGAAAUAUGGAAAUUUACCGUUGAAUCAAAGCAAAUUUAUAAUUAAGUUAAAAAGUGUAAAAUAAAACUCAACAAUUAUAAAUUAAAUGAUUGUAAGUCGAAUGUUUUUGCAUACAUAUUUCACACUGGCAAAGCAUAUGUAGUGAUAGCAACAAUAACAACUUAAAAUUACACUUCCUUAACAUUUGCGGACACCGAGCGAAAGAAGUAGAUGCAGUUAUGGCCUCGAUUUGGCGGUAUCCGAAUAGAACGAAGUACCGUGCUAAAGUUCCACAAGAUCACGAAGACUACUAUCGACUGGACCCCAGUAAAUAUAACAUAGAAAAUGCCUAUGAUAUCUAUAGAGCUCUGUGUUGCCGCAACACAAGUGAUACAAAACUCCUAUUUUUGCUUAACGGUCUGGCAACACUUUGCAAACAGCAGCAGACGGAGGCACAUAAUCCAAAAAAUUAUUUAGGCUUUAACACAGAAGAGUUGCUCUAUUGUUUGAGCGUCUCGCUUAUUCACACAUUUACGCAAGUGCGUGCUGCCGCGUUGCGCACCAUCCGUUAUGUGCUGGUGACACCACGUGAUGUCAAAAUAUUCAACUCCAUGCAGCUGCAACAUUUAGUAUGCCGCUCCAUCGAUGUGCUACUGAAGAACGAUGAUGAACGUGUGCAAGCACUGAAAUUGAUUCGCAAGAUGCUGGCCAUUUCACCGGUCGACAUCAAUCCUGUGCUCGUGCGUUGCCUGGUGUCGCUCGCCGAUAGCGGCAUUGAAGACGGCGACAAUAUGUUGCGCGCCUGCCUGGCCACACUAUGUGAGUUCGCGGUGUUGAAUCCUGUGCUGUUGAUCGUCUGCGGCGGCGUCACAGCAAUUACACGCAACGUCCUAGAAUGUCACAAUCCACGUAUCGCUGAGAGCCUGUGCGGCGUGCUGCUGUAUUUGCUGGAGUGGCCGCAGACGCGCAACAUAUCGGGCGUGCGGCUGGAUUGCCUCGCGGCGCCCUAUUGCGAUUUCACAUACCGUUUGGGCAUCAUGAACAAAAAUAAGGAUGCCCGUGAGUUGCGUUAUACUAGUUGCCGCCUGGCAUUGCUGUCGGUUUUGCGCAGUUGGACCGGUACAAUUGAGUUCUGUAAUCCCAGCAAACCGUCGGGGUUGAAAGCAAUAGUGGAUACGCUGUAUCUGAAUCAAAUGGAAGUGAGAAAAGCAAUAUUGGAUUUGCUUUACGAACUUUUGAAUGUACCACAACCGCCCUGGACGGAUGAUUACACGAUAGCCUUGCAGACUGUCGAUCCGUCAGACUUUCAGGAUGCCUGGUUGCUCAGCAAUGGAUUUGUUGCAAUGGAAGGACGCUUUAUCUUGCCAAGUUUGGCCGCACGUGCGCCAAAUGUUUGCGAGCAACAUUUGUCAUUACUGUUAUACUGUUUUCUAGAGACUGGACUCUUAAAUGCACUCGUUGAGGUGAUCAGAUCGAGCGAUACGCAUCUGUCGGUGCGUGCCACUGUGCUAGUUGGUAAAAUCUUGCAUUUGAUGCAUACGCAUUUACCGGCGGAUAUCUGCAGCACCAGCCCGGCACUGCCGACACUAAUUUCGCACGCAACUCAGGGUAAUCAAAACGCCACCGCCGCAAUAUCAGCUUUACAAAAUUACCAAAAAAUGCUACGCAAUCGUCCUGCAUCAUGUAGUUUAUUUUUGGAUAGUAUUAUACAAGGGGGAUCCUUAAUACAAACACGUCUGUUUCGUCGUGAAAUCAACGCUCAGGAUCAUGCGCGUUCGUUUAGUGGCAAUGCAUUGCAAUCGCCGCCAGUCGGCGGCCAUUUGACCAGUGGCGGUACACUGGGUAUUGCCGCUGGGGGUGGUCUGCUCACCAGCGAUCGGCAGCGUCUCGACUCGGUCUCAUCCAGCGAUGAAUCGAACGUGCAACCAUCCUCAUCUCGUCGUGCAAGCUUCCGUUUCAAGCGAAAACUAUUACCGUUCUUCGAAAAUCAGCGUGUGGCUAAAUUAAUACGUGAUUCGAAUGUAUUGUCGUCGCCGGACGAUAGUGGUUGGGACUGGGAUAUUAUUAUCACCAUAUUGCGCUCGAACAUAAUGCGCAGAGUCGACGAUACGGUCAACAAUUUCCUCAAAUCGCUCUUGGACUAUUACAAACCUAGUAAAAAUCGCUUUUCUCACCAAGACUUGGGCCGACCUGGAAGAACUAUGCCAGCGUUCGUUAUUGCAGGCCUGGAUUUCAUUGAUUGGCUGUUGGCUAAUCCGAUGAUGGAGAGCAUACGCAUACUCACCGAUUACUUUUCGGACAUCAGCAAACAAUUGCUGGCGGUGAGCACAUCAAAUCGUGCACACGACUGCCUCUUUAGUCCACAACACAUGAGUAGUACAAUGUGUCAGCAGUAUUUUUUAUACAUUGGCCGCAUGUGUCGCGCACAAAAUGGUAUUCGUAUACUGACCGACACGGCUGUGUUUGAGCACUUGAUAAAUUUGGUGCGCAAUACGGAUCAUGUGUGCUAUGUGAAGCUAGCUGUCUCCGCUCUAGAUUACUCGUUAGAAUCGGUGACACGUAAGGUGCUGGAGAAGGCUUUAACUGCGGCCAAAGUGCGUAGUGGUCGCUUGUAUGCCACACAAUUUUUGACCGUGCUGCUACGUGCGCGUCUGCACAACUUCGAGGUCUGGGGUAUCCCACUGAUCAUACAGCAGACGAAAGAUCCCGACCGUAGUGUCGUUUUGGCGGCAUUGGAUGUGCUUGAAGAGGCUUGUCACGAAAAGUAUUAUCUCGAGGAGAUUGUUAGCUUAUGGCCGGAUCUAAAGGCACUUGGCGAUGGUGGACGCUUAAUAAUGGCGCGUUAUUAUUCACUGUCGCGUGGUUUGAAUCGUUUGCAAGCGCGCAUACAAGAAGAGAUUGAGUACUGGAAGAGCGGCUAUAAUAAACGCUAUGUCCUGCUUGUCGAGGCUAAUACACAUUCCAGUUUAACAUUGCACAUACGUAAUGAAGAUGGGCACUAUAGUCGUCGUAAUUGCAAUACCCGACCGAUUAUAAUUCCUCCAAAUAUUCCACCUCAUCUCUACGGGCAAAUGGUACAAACGGCUCAGGGUACAACGGCAUUGCGAAAAUAUGGCGAUUUACCGCAUUUGGUUGACGUGAUUAGUCGUGGCAAGUGCACGGAUGAUGCCGAGUGUCUGGAAUUGAAGUCGGCCAUUUGGGCCGUUGGGCACGCAUCGACGCACUCGAAUGGAAUUGAAUAUUUCGUAGAAUCGGGAUCGAGAAUCUACGAGAAAUUGGUUAUACUGGCCACAAAAUGUGUCGUAUACUCAAUACGAUCGACUUGCUUCAAUGUGCUGGGUCUGAUUGGCGGUACAAACGAUGGUGCUAAUAUACUCUACAAGCUAAAUUGGUUGAGUGUGCGGCACGAUCGCAACACAGUUUGGCCAGUGCAUCAGCCGGAGGAUUGGAUGUCGAAUAACUACACGCCGGUGCGGCAUCAUUACGAAGACAUGCCACCGUACAAUUACACCGGCAUUGAUGAUCAAAUCGAUGGCUCAUAUACGGGUAGCUAUUGGAAUUUGCUCUUGAGCAGCAGCAGUACGACGGGCCAUGAUGGCGGCGCCGCCAGCGCUAGCUCCGAAGCGCCAGAUGCUAAUACCACCGCGGACAGCAGUAGGACGUGCGAUGAUAUUGCCACGACGAAGCCACCGCAACCGCAACCGCAACACCAGCCGACGCUGCAGCAAACGGUUAGCGCCAAAUCGAAAACUCUACCGGAGAGCACAUACAUGCGCCAUAGCAAACAUCAGCGUUCGUUGUCGGAGUCGAAAACUACGGAUGUGAUCAGCCUAAUAAGCGGCACGGCCAUUGGCGCUAUGGGCGUGCAACAUCCGGCGCAUCGCAUACGUUACAACUCGUGCACCGAUUCGAAUACAUCGGGUGUGAGCAGUUGUGAGUCGGUGACCAUGCGUAUACAGAAUGUGGGCGAUUUCCAGCAAUUUCCGUUGAGUCCUAUACCGAGCAUGUCGAAUCUGGUGGUGGAUGUGCAACCGCAAAGAAGUCUAAUACUGCGUGGCACCUCCUUGGUUGGUGCUUCAUAUCUGAAUACCUCACUCAGUCCGGCGGAUAUAAAAGGUUAUGCGCAGCUACGUUCAUUGCGAAAGUACUGCCGACCAAUGGUCUCCGAGUCGGCGACAGACGUUUACGACAUUAUCGAUCGCAUUGAGUUUCUCUCACUCGGUUCGUCGGUGAUGCGGCCACGCAAAUCUUCCUUUGGCGAGUCGCAGCGUCGCAUGAAAGUGCGCAGCUUGGAUCGGCAAUCUUCGCUGCGCAUACCGCGCUUGGACUUUGAGGAAUUGCAGCAGGUACCGUUGCCAACACUGGCGGCACCAAAGUUUCUAGCACAAAACGAUUUGAAGGGCCCUUGCUAUGCAGGUAUUUGUCUUCCGAAAAAUCUGCUUGAUCUCUUCCCUACCCGCAAUGUGGGACGCACCUACGUCUCACGCGACAUACAAGAUCAGGAUUUGAUGGAUAUAAAUUUGCUUACGGCGAAUCAACAGUUCCUUAACGAUUCUUUGAACAAUGAAUGCGGCGAUGAAUCUUCGGUUAUAUCGUCGCUCUCGGACGUGUCGUCGGUGAGUAAGCGUUCGAAAUGGCUGGGCGCCAAGCACGGACGCAACAAUUGCCUCCAUUGUUCACGUGCACGACGUAAUCGCACACAUACACAGCGCCUGGAGAGUGACGCCGCCGCCGCCGGUGCCGCACUCAUCACAGGCGGUGAACUUUAUACCAGCAGUGGUACACUAGUUGGUGCCACAACAACUACACACGUUGCGCGUAAGACCAACAAACAGCCACCAGCCGCACAACAACUGCCAAGCAUACAACAGUCGAGUACGAAGACACAAGCGCCGCAGCAAAACACGCAAAGCUCCUCCACUAUACAGCUGUCGGACAUCUCAUUCAACUCGCCGGAAAGCAUACUGAGCGAGGAGAGCAUGCCUGAUCGCCUCACCGCCAACAUAUUGUUCAACGUGCAACGUCUGGCCAACCCGGUCAGUGCGCGGCUGACGAAGAAGGCACUGCUGGAGCUGAAGCAGAAGCAUCCGGCGGCCUUCCAAGAUAUUUGCCUCUAUUCCGAGGUGUGCAAAACGCUGGGGCGCAGCAGUUAUCGCAUGAAUGCGCGUCGAUUUCUACAGGAACUAUUUCUUGACCUGAAUUUCGACUCGUUCUAUGCGGAGCCCUCCGAUAUUCUAUCGAAGAAGGAGAAAUAUAUGGAUUUCGAGCGUGACCGCAAUGAAGUGGAGCGCUUGCAUGAGCUGAGCGGUAGCUCGCGCGCAACCAAAGGUAAGAGUGGUGCGUCCGCUGCAUUGGGCGCUAUUGCUGGUGGUAUUGGUGCGGAAGUAAGCAGCGGCACUACGAAGGUAUUAACAACACAAAGCAUAGCUGGCUUGGGCUAUAUGGCGACGCACAAGGCGGUAGCGCAUCUCAGCGGCAAGCUACAACCGCUGGCUAGUGUUUACGAGACCAGCUGUGAAAACUUGCUGCAGGAUGGUACAACAAAGGCUGAACUAAAUGUGAAAACGAAAUUAAAAGGUGAUAAUAAUCGUGAGGACAAAUUGGAUGCGCGUGCGAAAGCUAAAACGCGCCACAACACAUCCGCCUCGGUGAGUGUCACUUCGUCGUUGGGACGCGAAAUGCGCAAUGAGUUGCGUAUCACCUCCGACAGCGAUGAAAGCGAUUAUGAAGACACGAAUCGUUCGACGCAGUGGAUUGCGGCACCGUCCGUGCUGACCAACGACGACGUGGACGAAGUGGACGGCAUUGCGAUACAAAGGUGCUCCAUCACGCCUGCCUCGUCGACGACGGCAGCGUUUUCAUGCAAUACGACCGGUACAAACACCGCCUCCAGUCAGCCGACAAUAAGCAGCAGUAAUUGCAGCAGCGAACAAACGACGAACAGCAGCAAUCGGAGCAGUAUUUGUACGAUAUCGCGACAACCGACGAUGGCCAGCGGAUUUUCGGACAACAAUAUGAUCGAGCGCAUUAGUAUAAGCAGCAAUAGCAAUAGCAACAUCAACAACAACAAUAACAACAAUGCGAAUGCUAACGUGAAUACGAGUUGUAGCAGCACGAAUUUGAAUGCGAAUAUGAGUACGAGCGUGAGCAGCGGUAGCGUCGGCACGAGCACAAGCACGGGCAUCAGCAGUUGUGGCGUCGGCGUCGGCGUCGGUGGCGCCAACAACACAGGCGGAGCAGCGAGCAUAUUAGAAAACCAAAAUAAAAAGUAUACACGCGGCCGUUUUUAUACGCUUGAAUUGGACUUGAGUUGUACGAAAAAUAAAUUUCCCAUUACAGAUCGUAGCCGCAAUAGUGCAAAUUGGAAAACGGAAAGUGCUGUUGCCGCCGCCGCCGCCGCUGCCGCUGCCAAAACSUCCGCCGCCCCCACUACCACCACCCACAUUGAUGGCGCAAUUCUGCGGCGUAGCAGCUGUACGCAAGGUGUUGACGCAAAUGGCGGACCGUUCACUGUGGGCGCAACAAAGCAAACGCCAAAUUCACUAACAACAACAAACACGGGAACCACGUCGACAACAACUAGCAGCAGCAGCAACGCCAAUUUCCACUAUCGCCUGCCCAUCAUGCGGCAAUCAUACACAGCAGGCAUUACGCCACAAAUGCAAUACAUCCACACAGAUGACGGCAGCAGUGAAACGACGCUCGGCACCACCACAACCACUACCACUACAAUUAGUAACAACAGUAACGCUGCCGUUGGGGUCGCUGCGAUUGAUCCAUCGCUCGCUAAACACAAUGUUGCUGCGUGUAAUCAGCCAACAACGAGCACGACGAGUAGCGUUAAUACACUAACAAUAACUAAGAGUUUGGCGGCGUCGCUGGCGAAGCCUAUCGGCAGUUUAUACUGUGAGAAACGCUUGCAGGCGCUAAAAAUGGACACAAAAGCCACUGACACUUAAAUGCACCAAAACAAAAGCCAAUCGACACUUCUCAAUUCAAUAUUAUUUUCCGCUUACCCACCACCCCACCCAUUUGGUUGGUCUCCUGUCUGUCAACAGCUGAUUGCAACCGUAUUUGUUUUUGAGUUCUUGCUUUUAGCAAUAGGCAUUGAAUUAUGCCAUGUAUGCAUGGGAGUAGACUAAAUUCUAGAAAGUUAUAUCUUUUGUCAAGGUCAAGUCAUGAGCAGUUUUAUAGUGUUUGCUUUUAGUGCAGUUCGCUUAUUGAAGUUUGUGUAAGAGCGUAUAUUUAUUAUAAAAUAUUCGAAAAGUAACUGAAAUUGUUGCCACUGUACAUUUAUAUAUAACUGUAAGCGACUUUAUGUACUUCGCUAUUAAAUUUUUUUCGAAAUUUGUACUACUUUUCCGCUUAAGUUCAAAGUUUUGCAUAAAAUCACUAUUCUAAUAGAAACCGAACUUCACUCAACUGUGUAUUUAUAGCAGGAAAUAUAUUUCAAAAAAAAAAAGGAACGAAGUAGUAAACAAAAUUAUUAUUGAAAGCAGGCUGUCCAGCCAGCACUGGGUUCCACUAAACGAAAAUUGAAAAUGGCUUGCAUUUUAUUUCAAAAAUUUGCUAAAUUUGUGUUGCAAACGAAUAUUCUAAAGUCUAGUAUAUGUAUAUACAUACAUACAUAUAUACAAAAUGUAUCCGAAGCAAUGAAUGAAAAAAUUACAACAACAAAAAAUUAUAAAUGCAUUGUACAGUUACAGUUCUAUAACAAUUAAGAUAAAUUUGGUUUAUGAUAUUUCUUUGAUUAUUCACCAUAUAUUGCAUUAUCGCAUUGUGCAAAAUGCAAAAAGGAAAAAUAAAUCGGAUUUGUUGAGAUAUUGGCGCGUAGGAAAUCAUAGGAAUAAAUAAGCAGUGAAAUAGCCACACAGGAAUAGCAUUAAAGGAGUGGGAGAGUACAUAUACAACUGUUAUAUAUGG